CUGUUUUAGAAUGUUUAGGACCUAACAAGCUUAUAGAUCUAGGUAUAAUAGACAGACUUUCUUUUGAUUACUGAAUAGCCUUUGAAAUAAAACACGUACCAGGAGAACAUCAUUAAUUCUCUCGUAGACGUUCUCAUUACACGUAAACUUAAAUGAUUGCAGAAAGGAUCAAAGCAGUGUUAUGCGCUUUAAUAGAUGACAUUGACAGUGGUGUUGUAUUCUAUGGAGCACAUGUCUACAACCGAGCUCCUCCUUCUCUGCAGCUCUUGUCGCUGGAGGUUGAUGUCACAACAAGCAGAGUCCUCAGGACAGGACGCUAGGUAGAGUUCAGAGUCUCAGACGUACCCAGGAAGUCUUACACGAACAUAGGAAAACAAAGUGGACAAUGCUGCGUUCAGGUUCUUGUUUAUGGAGAAUUCUGGAAGACUGUUGAGAACAGUUUAUCCAAACUAAAAGUCAAGGUAGAGCCUCAUCACCGCCGCAGCAUUUUUACAUCACUUAGUAGGAAUACAAAAUAUGUCGUCUCCAAGUCCAGGCAAGAGGCGAAUGGACACCGACGUGGUAAAACUCAUUGAGAGCAAACACGAGGUGACCAUCCUGAGUGGACUCAACGAGUUUGUGGUCAAGUUCCAUGGACCGCCUGGAACACCGUAUGAAGGAGGAGUGUGGAAGGUUCGAGUAGACCUGCCCGAUAAAUACCCCUUUAAAUCACCAUCGAUAGGUUUUAUUAAUAAAAUCUUUCACCCUAACAUUGAUGAAGCGUCAGGCACUGUGUGUUUAGAUGUCAUUAACCAGACAUGGACUCCUCUCUAUGAUCUCACCAAUAUCUUUGAGUCCUUCCUCCCUCAGUUACUUGCCUACCCCAACCCCAUCGAUCCCCUGAACGGAGACGCGGCUGCCAUGUACCUGCACAGACCAGAGGAUUAUAAACAUAAGAUCAAAGAGUACAUCCAGAAAUAUGCCACAGAGGAGGCACUAAAGGAGCAGGAUAAAGGAGGCGGAGACUCAUCGUCAGAGAGCUCCAUGUCAGACUUUUCAGAGGACGAGGCUCAGGAUAUGGAGUUGUAGUGAAGGAACAGAUCUGGUCCACUUUCACUCUCAACAGACCUGUAUUAAUAUCUAAGACAUUUUUUACAGUGACACUAUUUUUAUUGCUUCAUAGGGAUUUGCAGUAUGACAUUGCAAGAAUAUUCUCCCUUUAGGAAUUUGUGAGCACGCGUGUCUCUUCACUCUGACGGAGCCCGUUUUGGAUAAAAUAACAGAAUCUCAGUUUACAAAUCUCUGUGGCUUCAUCAAAGCUUUUACACCAAGUUUGAAUAGAGACCGACAGGAGGAGCAGUGGGAUCACCACCAGAAUCAAAACUAGACCUUUUAAAUUUAGUUUUUUUGAAACCACAAACUACAUCAGUGCAUCUUAUCUGUUGUACCUAUUUCUAUGUUUCUUAUUUAGAGUUUUUUUUAAGAGUUUUACUGAUCCAUCAGGCAUCCUUUUUGUCUUGGACAGAGGUCUACAACAUGACAAUCCACCGUCCUGAGCUCUUGGAGCUCUGACUUGGAGAGCCUAGACAGCCACUCUUGUUCUUUGUAAAUAUGUCACAUGUCAUUUUUGACCACACCGCUUCACUGACAGGACUGCACUUUUGCAGAGCUGCUAACAUCACAUUCAUCGCUGUUCAACCUGAGUGUGGUCCACAACAACACCACUGCGUAUCGGCGCAUAUACAUGUAGUAUAUGAAGGUGAACUGGGAAGAAAGAUGGCUGUGGCUAUACCGGCUGCUGACGCUCAGCAGAAGUGAAGGAGGUGCAUCAGAAAAAUGAUGCUUCUCACGUCCAACAUCGUUUCCUCUUCUUCCUCUCCGUUUUAGGAAAGUAUUUGUAUUCUUUAAGUUUUGCUGUGUAUCGUGGCAUAACACAGAAGUAAAGUGAGUGUGUAGGGCUUUGUGGCAUUGUACGGACACAAGCUUGCCCUGUGAGCCGUGUUCAACUGUUCUCGGUGUUAGACUUGUGUAGGGGUAGUUAGUUCUUUGCGGGUUCUUUUUCCUCUAUAAUGAAGAAUGGUUUAAAACUUGUGUAACACACUAGAAGACUAAUUGUCCUGUAACGCUGAGAAGAAUUAUUUCAUAUCCGUGUGUGGAUCACUUCUUUUUUUUUUUUUUUUUGAGUUAAAUCAAUAUCACAGAGACCUGGCGCCCUUUGGAGCAUUCAUCAGGCACGGAGCCUUACGGAUAUGCACAAAGUAUACAAGUAUGUUACUUUUUCUUUUAUUUUUAUGUGAAACUAAAAGUAAGUUUCAUUUAUUACCAUUGGAAUUAGCAGUUUGUUUUCUGCAAAACAUGUUCUAAACUUGAAUUAAUACUGUCUUUAUAUUUUAGAAGAAGAUCAGACUUUUUUCUGUAGUGUCUUCAUUUGUGAAUGACAUAGGUUAAUAAAACUUAUGGAAAAUAAUGCUGUAUUUGUGAAAUAGUUCUGAUGGCUCAAAAUAACCUUUAUAAACAAAUAUAUGUUGGUGUAGCUCUUAGGACAAUGUUAUGCUGAAGAAACAACACAACAACAUCUGGAUCCAUCAAUGUGUUGUGUGUAUUUGUCUUUGCCAUUGAAGAAAACCUACUUGAUUCUUAUAAUUUCUUACAGGAUCAAUUAAUUUUUUUGAAUCACUAUCAUAAAAAAAUGUAUUCUUUUCAUAUAAUCACGUGCAGCGAAUCUACUCUGUAAUGCUGCCCUCUGUUGGUGGGGACACAUUUCAACAUGCUACGGUUGAGGAAAUGAUGUGUAUACUGUAAGAAAAUCCCCAAUGUCUGGAUGUAACCCGGCAGAUUGGGUUCUACACUUUUUUUAAUGCAUAAUUUGUCAUUGGCUUGACACUGAUAUUUCUGAGCCUUUUAAAGUAAUAUUCGUUGUAUCACUAAGUUAGUUAUAUGUAGUAAAUAUCACU